UCCCAUACCUACCCACCUAUAGUUCUAUAAAAGUGGAGUGUUACGCUGACUGCAAUCAUAAUCAGCAGAAGAAAAGGAUACGAUUUGAAAUUCACCAAUAACGAGAAUGAAAACCAUCAUUACUGCUCUAACCCUCUUGGCCAUCAUGGUUCUCCUAAUUGAGGGCAAACCUUUGUCUUCCAGGCCGAGGGAGAAGGGCCGAGGUAUGCAGAGACGUUUGGAGAAGCUCAAAGAGAAACUUAUCAGCGAAGACUGUGAGCAAGUGUGCCCACCAAUGCCUGGUAACAGCACGUCAAAUCUGGAGUGUGCUCGCUGCAUUGUCACAGAAACAGGAACUCCUCAACUCUCUGACUUCCUAUCAGCUGUUGCAUUAGCUCGCUCUGAGAGGAACUGCUCAAGCGGGGGAAAAAGGAGUGACUCCAAUACUGGACGAGGAGAUGAAGAUGAAAGUAGCGACAGUAGCAAAUCAGACAGCGAAGGAUCCGGAGAUAUAUCUCCACUUGUGGAAAAAAGCGGUAAAUCAAGAAAGAGAGGUAAACCUGGCAGGAGUGACAAUUCUGAGAGCAAACGAUCUGCGAGCGAAGAGAGUGAAGAUGGCAGUGGUGACGAAACUGAGACAAUGAAGUCCAUGAAAAGCAAGAAAUCAAAGGGUCGAAAGUCUAAAAGUGACUCCAAUACUGGAUCAGGAGAUGAAGAUGAAAGUAGCGAUAGUAGCAAAUCAGACAGCGAUGGAUCUGGAGAUAUUUCUCCACUUGAGGGAAAAAGCGGUAAACCAGGCAAGAGGGGAAAAUCUAAGAGCAAGCAAGAGAGUGAAGAUGACAGCACUGAGUCUGCUGAUGAGUCAUCCAGUUCCAGUGAGAGCAAACGAUCUGCGAGCGAACAGAGUAAAGAUGACAGCACUGUGUCAGACUCUGCUGAUGAGUCAUCCAGUUCCAGGGAGAGCGAAGAAUCUGUAAGUGAUGAAUCUGAGAGCACUGCCGAAUCUGAUAGCGAGUCCGAAGCAAGUGAGAGUGACUCAACUUCUGAUGCCUCAACUGCUGUAGAGAAAAGGCAAGCGAAGGAAGAGGAUGAUAACAAUCUCGUCAAUACAUUUGCUGCUCUGAUUGGAGAUUGUCAUGGCAAGUGUGGCAACCUCAGUCGAGGGUGUGGAAAGCCUGUGCUGCCUUGUCUGAAGUGCAUCAUCAAAGAGUUUGACAUGGACGAAACUGUAGUGGAUCUGAUUGCAGUUAUAGCACCUUCUGCCUAACUACUCAGUAUAUGAACAGUUCACUAAUCAUGUACAAUGUAUUUAUAGUACUGUAUAGAUCUACUCUUUUCUGAUAAAGGAAGGCUGAUAAAAUCUCUUAAUCUUGUUGUAUAAUUAGGCACCUCUAUUCAUAUUGUUUACAUGUCAA